AUGGAGUCGGCAGCAAAUGUCUUUGUGCAGGCACCGGUGACAAGAGCUACAGCUGGAAAAGUCAUCAACAAAGAUUUGCGUCACUACUUGAGCCUUCAGUUCCAGAAAGGCUCAAUAGACCAUAAACUACAGCAAGUGAUCAGAGACAAUCUCUAUUUGAGAACCAUCCCGUGCACUACGAGGGCUCCCAGAGAUGGGGAGGUCCCUGGAGUAGACUAUAACUUCAUUCCUGUUGAGCAGUUCAAAGCACUGGAAGAAAGUGGAGCCUUGCUAGAAAGUGGGACAUACGAUGGUAAUUUCUAUGGUACUCCAAAGCCUCCAGCAGAGCCCAGUCCCUUUCAGCCCGAUCCAGUGGAUCAAGUUCUUUUUGACAAUGAUUUUGAUACUGAAUCACAGAGGAAAAGAACCACAUCAGUCAGCAAAAUGCAAAGGAUGGACAGUUCUCUCCCUGAAGAAGAGGAAGAGGAGGAAAAGGAAGCAGUUAAUGGCAGUGGAGGGAUAGAAAACAAAGAAAAACAUUCAGAUUCUUCUGACUGGAUGAAACCUGUUCCCAGUUACAACCAGACAAGCAGCUCCAUGGAUUUCAGAAAUUAUUUGUCAAGGGACGAAACGCUGGAACCUCUACCCAAGAACUGGGAGAUGGCCUACACAGACACUGGCAUGAUCUACUUCAUAGAUCAUAACACCAAGACAACCACGUGGCUUGAUCCUCGGCUCUGUAAGAAAGCCAAAGCUCCUGAAGAUUGUGAAGAUGGAGAACUUCCUUAUGGAUGGGAAAAAAUAGAAGACCCUCAAUAUGGAACAUAUUAUGUUGAUCAUAUUAACCAGAAAACUCAGUUUGAAAACCCAGUGUUGGAAGCCAAAAGAAAAAAACAGUUAGGACAGACUGAUGUUGGCACUUCAAAAUCAGGACCAGAGAAGUCUCUGUUUACUAGAGAUCCAGCCCAGCUGACUGGAGCCCUCAUACAGACAUCGCUAAAGAAAAGUACAAUGGGAUUUGGCUUUACAAUCAUUGGAGGGGACAGGCCUGAUGAGUUUCUGCAGGUGAAGAAUGUGUUAAAAGAUGGACCUGCUGCACAAGACGGGAAAAUUGCACCAGGUGAUGUCAUUGUAGACAUAAAUGGCAAUUGUGUCCUUGGCCAUACUCAUGCAGAUGUUGUCCAGAUGUUUCAACUAGUUCCUGUCAACCAGUAUGUGAACAUGACUUUGUGUCGUGGUUAUCCUCUUCCUGAUGACAAUGAAGACCCUGUUGUAGAUAUAGUGACAGCUACACCUCUUAUCAAUGGACUACCUGUGACCAAAGGAGAUGUUUGUGUGGCCAGCCAAGAUUUAAUACGAGGCACAGUUGUCUUGGACCAGAAUGGAAAGCCGAGUCCUAUGUUAGUCAACGGUCGUCUGAAUGGCCCUUCCAUGGAUACAAAUGAGCAGAGGGUCUCUGUUGCAUCUUCAGGAGGCUCUCAGCCAGAGCUGGUCACCAUUCCUCUAGUCAAAGGUCCUAAAGGCUUUGGGUUUGCCAUUGCAGACAGUCCUACAGGACAGAAGGUGAAAAUGAUUUUAGACAGCCAGUGGUGCCAAGGCCUUCAGAAAGGAGAUGUAAUCAAAGAGAUUUGCCAUCAGAAUGUACAGAACUUGACACAUCUGCAGGUGGUAGAGGUGCUGAAGCAGUUUCCAGUAGGAACAGAGGUGCCACUGCUUAUCUUUAGAGGAGGUCCACCCUCUCCUACUAAAACUGCCAAAGUGAAAGAUAAGCAGGACAAUUCAGGGAGUUUAGAAGCUAUCAGCGACCCCAUUCCACAGCCUAUGCCUUUUCCACCCACUGCUGUGAGAUCAGGUUCUCCUAAACUAGACCCUUCAGAAGUCUACCUGAAGUCUAAGACUAUGUAUGAGGACAAGCCUCCAAACACAAGAGAUCUGGAUGUUUUCCUGCGAAAACAAGAAUCAGGCUUUGGUUUCCGGGUGCUUGGAGGAGAUGGACCAGAUCAACCAAUUUAUAUUGGAGCCAUAAUCCCACUGGGAGCAGCAGAAAAAGACGGCAGGCUUCGAGCUGCUGAUGAACUGAUGUGCAUUGAUGGAGUGCCUGUAAAAGGGAAAUCACACAAACAAGUUUUGGACUUAAUGACCAGUGCUGCACGGAAUGGUCAAGUGCUGCUCACAGUCCGGAGGAAGAUCUUCUUUGGUGGAGAAAAGCAACUAGAGGAGGAAGAGUCACAGCCUAUCUCAGCCCAAAAUGGAUCUCCCCGACUGAAUCGGGUUGAGUUUGCAAGCCAGCAGUCCCCAGAGGUCUAUGAUGUCCGCCUACAGCGGAAGGAGAAUGAAGGAUUUGGCUUUGUCAUUCUCACCUCAAAAAACAAACCUCCACCUGGUGUGAUUCCUCACAAGAUUGGGCGUGUUAUAGAUGGGAGUCCAGCUGAACAGUGUGGGAAGCUGAAAGUGGGAGACCGCAUCUCGGCAGUGAAUGGUCAAUCAAUCAUUGAGCUCUCACAUGACAGUAUAGUACAGCUGAUUAAAGAUGCAGGCAAUGUGGUAACUCUGACUGUCGUUGCUGAGGAAGAACAUCGUGGUCCUCCGUCAGGAACAAACUCCGCCAAACAGAGUCCAGCUCCACAGCACAGGCCUCUGGAAACAGCACAGAACAGUGCAGAGAGGGCCGCCAUGGAAGGUGAAGCUGGAAAAGAAGUAUCAAAUAGUUACAGGCUUUCGUGGCCCGAGCAUAAGCACUUGACACAAUCUGAUGCUGGUGUUGCUUCAGUAAUUGGUAGCCGUCAUUCGCAGAAUCUUGGCUGCUAUCCAGUAGAAUUGGAAAGAGGCCCACGAGGGUUUGGAUUUAGUCUUCGUGGAGGAAAGGAAUACAACAUGGGCUUAUUCAUCCUUCGACUUGCUGAAGACGGGCCAGCAAUCAAGGAUGGGAGAAUACAUGUUGGUGACCAAAUUGUUGAAAUAAAUGGAGAACCCACCCAAGGAAUCACUCACACACGAGCCAUUGAGCUGAUUCAGGCUGGCGGGAAUAAAGUUUUGCUGCUGCUGAGACCAGGGACUGGCUUGAUACCAGAUCACAGUGAUUGGGAUAGUUAUAAUCCGUCUUCGUCAAAUGUAAUAUAUGAAGAACAGUCACCGGUAUCUUCAUCUUCACAUUCUGCUUCCCCAUCCGAAGUAUGUUAUUUACCAAUAUCAGGAGAAGCUUUAAUGAAAGUUCAGCUGUCUGAGAAACUGGAACAAGCAAAGAACACUGUGCCUGAAAAGAUAAGCACUUUAACUGAAAACAAGUCUGAGAUUAAGCCUAUGUCUUCUCCCCAGAGACUGAAGAACAGACAUGGUCAUCCUUCCAGUCCUGGGUUUGAAAUGACAAAAGGUAGUUUGGAAUUAGGGACUGGUGGUCUUACCAGAAGAGACACAUCUGCAAGUCCAGAAAAGGUAGGGACAGCAGAGGGAUACCAUCAAACAGGAUUCCACAGCCCUAGAAUGAGGGAUCCUAAAAAAAUCCAUGGCAACCUCUCACAUAAAUCUGACAGUUCCAGAAAAGAUGAGAAUAAACACACAGAAAUAGGGAUGAACAACAGUAAUAAGAGAGAGUAUUCCAGAGAAAAACAAGAAAGGUCUGCCAGUCCCCAGAAGUACCUCAGUAAGCUAGGAAACACAGAAAUGUUAGCCAAGUUACAAGAAUACCAAGACAGACCAACUGGUGGUGACGUUAAGAUUGUUGAGCAAGUGAAAGGUGGAAACAGUAAAAUAGGAGUCACAAGUAAAGAUGCAAAACAAAAAAGUUCUGAAACGAAAGGAGGGUGGGCUCCAGAGAGGAAAUACCCAGCAUUUGAUGAAAAUACACUUCCGUUCAGUAAGGCCAGUAACUCUAGGACAAACACAUCCAAAGAUGUAAAAAUAAAGAACUCAAACUCUGGAGAGCCAAGUUCCAUCAAAUUCAAAACGUCAAGUCUUUCCAAUAUUCCACUGCUUUCCAUGGAGAAACAAAGGCGGCUAGAAAUCCAGGAGACUGUUACUCUGAACAGACACCACAGAGACACACACAUGGAGCCACCUGCUGAAACCAAAGAUGCUGGAAUUUCAAAAUCUGAGAACAGUUCACCAGUCAAGAAAGCACCAAUAACUCCUGGACCUUGGAAGGUACCAAGUGCAUGUAAAGUCACCAAAACAGCAAGUAUGGCUGAAAAACAGAAACUGAUUUGAGGGUGGAAAGUAUUUGAGUUAGUCUUAAAUUAUCUAAGCUGCAUGAAGGACCUUUUGGAUUGCUUAAAUGAAACUCCUCCAUAAGCUGCUGUCCCCUUGUCCUUUUGAAGGCGGUGUUCUGCUGCUCUCAACGUUGCACUGCUAUGGCUUUCUCAGAUAGUAUUGUGAGUUUCUGAACAAAAUUAUUUAAUGCCUAUAUUGCCAAUGUGAUCAUGACUCACUUGUUCUUGUGCCAAGUUAUCUACUGUAUCCAGCCACUCUAAUCCUUUUCAUAUAUAUUCCAGUCACAGAAAAGACAAGGUUUUGUUUGAAAUGAGUAGUCGCUCAAGAGCGUGUUGCAUGUUUACAUAAGGAAAUACCCAUGUUCUUACUGUUGCUGUAAGAAGAUGGGUAGAUUGGUUCUAUCAAUUCUAGGCUAGCAAAUGAGCCACUAAUGCUGGUCCAACAGAUGUGGGUUUUGUUUUUGUUUUUUUUUAAAAACCUAAUAUUAAAAGCAUGUAGAUUUAAAAAAAAAAAAUUAUAUUUGACAUGAUGCAACUUUUGCUUUUUUAAGAACACAGCAAAACUGCUUUAUUGUUUUGAUUCAUGAGGAUGCUUUAGACAGUUGUUGUUGACAAACAGCUGUUUGAAGAGAGAGAAAAGUCUGGGUUUUUGUUAAAUAGCAUAAUUCCUUUGGCUUCACUUGUGGCAGGCUUUCUUUGUAAGUAUAUGCAGCAAGCGUGUAUUUAUUUUCCGCCUCUUUCUGGUGCUGUGUACUGAAAUUCUUUGUUCAUUAUUCAAUGUUAAUUAAGAACUGGCUUUUUCUUUUUCUUUUUUUUUUUUAAGAAUUGGAUUUUCUUUUUUUUUUUUUUUUUUCUCCUCUCUAAAGAUAAUGGUUGGUCUUUAGGACAGACCCAACUACUGUAGUCAGCUUUUGAAUGAAGUUCAUCUUACCUGUGCAUAUUAGAAGAAGUCUCCCAUAUUUUAAGUAAGUGUGUGAUCUAAGAGUGCUAAAUAGAAUGCUAAUACGGGGUACAUGAGAUGUAAUAUCUAUUGUUUGGGCUAUAGUACAUAUUUUUAAAGUAAUUUUGAGGACUGUUACCAUCAGAAUCUACUUACACACCAGUCAUAUAAUUAGCUUUAAGUACAGUGAACUGAAAAAAUUGAAGGGAUUUAUUUUCUUUGAAAUUUUAGUGAUGACUUCCUGAUGUAUUAGGUGUUUUUUUUAAUGAUUGCAAAAAAAAAAAAAAAAAAGUGGUAAAAGAAGCUCUUUGGUGCAGUUUGCAGAAGCAGAAGGAAGUACAGACAGUCAAGCUUUACUUAUGUUAAAAUCCAAACUAAUACAACUUGCUAAUUGAAAGUGAUUGAGCAUCUUGUUUGGCUUUGAAAUGUUUAAUGGUUUUAAAGUUUAAUGAGGCACAGUGGAUGAGUUCUGACUUGGACAAUUCUUUAGAGGUACAGAAGACUACUCAAGCAGCUUUUUAAACAAACAUUUUUGAAAAUUAAAUAGGCUUUAAGGCAGAUCUGAACUGCACUCUGCUGCUUCACAGUGGAUGAUCCAUUGAUUUGAUGUAGCGUAUGUACAAAUGCUCCAUGUUGUGGAGUAUGACUGUGAAAAUAUUUAAUACUUCGAAGUAGCCUAUGUAGAUAUUAACCAUGUAUUCUUGACAGAAGACUGUUUUUAUGUUGUUGCACACCCCUGCCCUACCAUUGAGUACAGUAACAAAUUCAGAAGUUUAAUAUAAAGAUGAAUUAGCACCACUGAAAUGAUUUCCCUGUCAUAAACUACCACUAUAUUUUUUCUAAUUGUUAAUGUGACUUGAUUUAGUGUCUUACCUGUCUGUGAUUCUUCCUUCCAGAGGACUUGUGUCUGUACUUACUGUAUCAGAUGACUUAGCAAUGUGGCCUUGGAAUGCUAAGCAAUGUAUGGAUGUACUGGGUGUAAAUGUUUAUAUAUUGUACAGCACCUUUAUAUAUACUUCUGAGGUUCUGACUAGAGAAAGACCUGUAAAUCGCUCAUUAUUUUUUAUAUAGAUAUUAAAAAGAAACUCCAGUUCAUAGUCUGUUGGUUCUGCACUGUAUAACAUAUAUUCAUUGUUGACUUUCAGUGGUGUGAUACCUGCAUUUAAACAGCUAACUAUAUGACCCAGGUUUUACCCAUAAACAUUAAUACUCUUCUGGAAAACAAAUGCAAUUUAUUAUUGGAAGUUUCCUUGCCUCCUUGUUCAGAUAACAAUUGUUCAACAAAGGUAUUAUAAAAAACAUCAAAUCAUGUAGUAUAAAUUGUGUAUGAUGAAAUACUUGUACCGUAGGUUUAUUUGUACAUUUUGAUAUCCAAAAUUGUCACUUCCUUUUACAACUUACAACCUUUCCUUGUGCAGAAAAUAAUUGUAAACAAUUUACUACCAAAUCUCCUCUUCUGUCUUACCCCCCUAUGUGAAA